UGUCGAGCCGAGCCGCACGCCGGGCGCCGGGAGGCGAGCUCCAGCCAUGCCGUCGACUGAGGAGAGCUGCGGCUCGCUAAUGAGCAAGCGGUGUUUCUGGCCGGGGGCGGUGGCUGUGCCUGUGUACGCCAUAUGGAGCUUUAAUUACGGCCUGUGGCUCGCGUUCACUCAAGUGUGCCUGUGCGGUCUCUGCCUGACCGGCGCUCGCCUCCUUGUCUCGACCGGCGCUCGCCUCCUUGUCUCGAAGGGUGGCGAGUGGAAAGUGUGGCAGUGUUUGGGCCUCCCGACGGGCGCCGGGAGCCACGGCCUCCAAGAGCUUGACAAGCACACUUUCCUGGCGCUUCUGGGGAUCGUUAUUGUUCAGCUUGUGGUGUCGUCGGAGGUGCUAUGGCUGAUGCUCAGCCACUGGUUCCUGGUGCUGAUCGCCCCGAUACUGGCAGUGACUCUUAACUAUGUCGGUACGCCGAAGGUUCUCCUGGAAGAGGUUUUGGAAAGCUCGCAAAUCAGCUAUGCCCAGGGCGCUGCUUGGGCCUUCUACAUGGGCUAUCUGACGAAGACACUGGACUACGACAACAGAUCGGAGGCUAGCUUCAAAGAGCGCAUGAAUGACUAUUUGACGAGCAAUGAGCUGCAGGAUGAUACUCGAGCUUACACAUCGAAAAAUCGAAUGCUGAUAGUGGUGCCCAUGAAGCGGGAAGCGUUGUUGAGUGAUAGGGGGCUCACGGAUCACGAUCGCCAUGGCCUUCUUACUCCGGAGAAGAAGCUGGAAGGCAUCGAAGACCAUGGAAGGAAGUUCGGAGAAACUCAGGUGUACCGCAUUGAAGAGGGUGGCAAAACGUACCGCGUGGCAAUGGAGGAGGCCACCCCGAUCCGAACGGCCGCGCACGCCGUCGAUGAUGCCACUGCGAAAUUCGAAGCAGCGGAGUUUGAAGAGUUCGCCAAACGUUUUAUGAGUCAGCUGGAGGCCAUUCUGGCCACGAAGCAGGCCGUCGGAAACCAGAUCAAGCUAGUUCCCAUCUACGACGUCAAUGAAGUUCGCAGUAAGGUGCUUGAGUGCCUAAAGAAGCUGGAAAAAGAUGAGGCCGAGGAGGCGGCCCACGCGUCUGAGCAGAGCGAGACACGCUCUUGAGCGAGCGCCGACUCACCAACCCCCUAGAGCAUCAGUCAGGUGGAGUCUAGGGAAACUGGGCCGAGCGUGACACGCCCAGCGCGAGCGCCGACCGCGGACUCACCAGCCCCGAGGAGCGUCGAUCAGACGGAGUCCACGGGCGCUGCGCAGUACCUAGCUGGUGACAGCCACCACCGAGCCGUCCUGCUUGCAUGCCUACCUUCUGCAUAUCCCUAGGUCGGCUCCAAAACUGCGUUCGGGAAGUAGCUUGGGGACUAUUUAAGAAGUGAUGUUGUGCUUGAUCAAAAAUUACUUGUGAUUCGCAUGCUUAAAAUUGUCAAUGAGCUUCGUUUGACGUAUUUGCUUCGAAUAAAUUGAAUGAUUUUCUCCGCCAUUCAAUGGUUAUGCGCGCAUUUUGCGCGUUAUUGUCCAGUACCCAGAACGCGUUGAAAAGUUGAAGUAUUUCAAGUCGUCAGGAGCCGUAAAGUAAUCUUCAGUCGUCAGCGCGUGAUUCGGCGCCCAACAGCCACCGAAGAAUCAGCUGCCUGCGAUUCAUCGCGCUUCCGGCGCUGAACCGCCCCAGCGCGUACUCUACCAGUGGACGGCGGCCUUUAGUUGUUGACCAAUCUUAGAGGUAAUUUCCGGAUAUAGUUCACAAGUGACACUUCAUCUAGGUAUUUGGUAUUUGUAUUUGUAUUUAGUACCAUUGUAUUUGGCUGUCAUUGUUACCAUUUAGCUGCUGAUAGAAAAAACGAGUGAUGUCGAUAUACCUACCUAGAGUUGGAAAUCGUUGUGUUGAAAUUGUGCAUGUGCGCAGCGCGACUAUAAUCAGCAUCUUUAAUAGAAAUGUCUUUUGCAAAUAAGCACGCUGGUGCCUGCAUGACGGGUAAAAGCAUUUUCGUAUUCUUGUGAAACAAACUAACCGUUAGGGAGCCGAAAGCCAAGACUGCUAUAAUAGAAGGAUAUUCGAAUUUUUAAAAGCUUCGGGUGAACUUCAAUGAACGUGAGAUGUGUUUCACGGCGGCCAACUCGCUUGAACGUCAGAUGGAUCUGACGUCAGCGGACCCACCUGAACGUAAGGCACGCGUCGGUGGCGGCGCCGUCGGGCCGGUCGAGCCGCGGGGAGAGGAGGCGCGCCAUGUGGCCGGGCGGCGGCGGGUCGGCCGGCCCCAGACGCACCAGGCCGCCGCCGGGCCGGCCGGUCGUGUGGUCGGUGGCUGGGACGCCGUCCGUGGCCGCGGCCACCACCCGCUCCCAGAGGCCGCGGUCGCCCUCGACACCGGCCCAACCGCACGUGUCCACCUGAACAUAAAUUAGGGACGUCGUAUGCUGUGAAAUACUGUGGGGCCGCCGCUACAAUCGGAAUGCGAGGGCGAAAUUAGCACGGUAAACGGACGGAUAUGGAGAAAGUGAUGGUUAAAUAUGGUUGUAAGUCUGCUCUGUUGUGCAUAUUAACCCGCGCGGGGCUGGGGGGGUAAAUUUUACCCCCCCUCGCGAAUUUUUGCAAUAUCUCAAAAACGGCGGCGCGCAGCGCCGCCAAACUUUCAGUACCUUUUCUUACAUCAAUUUGAC